AUGGAUCAUAAGAACAAUUUCGAACCUCUACCUUCUCCCGCACAAGGUGUUGGACCGUUCUACAGACCAGAGGACGAAAAGCCUACAGCAACAGUCUCCAAGGAUAUAUCCUACGAGAAUGUCCAUGUCCUUCCCCAGACCCCUCAAUUGAUUGCUCUUCUGACCAUGAUCAGAGACAAACAAACUUGUCGUGCCGACUUCAUAUUCUAUUCUAACAGAAUCAUCCGCCUCCUAGUCGAGGAAGGUCUCAACCAUUUACCAGUAGUCGAGCAAUCGGUUACCACACCAGUAGGCAGGGUUUACCUCGGAGUUAAAUUUGAAGGCAAAAUAUGCGGCGUUUCGAUAAUGAGGGCAGGGGAAGCCAUGGAGCAAGGCUUGAGGGACUGCUGCCGAUCUGUGCGUAUCGGCAAAAUCCUGAUCCAAAGGGAUGAGGAGACCUGCAAACCAAAGCUUUUCUAUGAGAAGCUUCCAACUGAUAUUCGCAAUCGAUGGGUACUCCUUCUAGAUCCAAUGUUCGCAACCGGCGGCUCUGCAACGCUUGCGGUCGAAGUUCUCAAGGCAAAAGGUGUUCCUGAAGAUCGCAUACUCUUUCUCAAUCUUAUUGCAAGUCCAUCGGGAGUCGCGGAUUUCGCAGAACGAUUUCCCAAGCUCAGGGUAGUAACUGCAUUUAUAGAUCAGGGUUUGGAUGAGAAAAAAUAUAUUAUCCCGGGGCUGGGUGACUUCGGUGAUAGAUACUAUACACUUUAG